AUGCCUGGUGCUUCCAAUGAACUACCUUCUUCAUAUGAGGAUCCUUUAGAGGAUAUGACUCCAUUUGAAAAAAUUAUAUACAGAUCGAAGCAGCAGCCCUUGGUUCCAUUGGGAUGUCUAGCUACCACGGUGGCAGUUAUUUUGGCCGCUAAAGGUGUGAGAACUGGAGACUCUAAGAGUGCUCAGAUCUGGUUCAGAUGGAGAGUUGGAUUACAAGGUUUCACUCUUGCUGCAUUAAUUUUUGGUUCUAUGUAUUACGAUAAGACUCUCAAGAAGCAACAGAAGACAGAAGAAGAUUUGGCUGUGCAAAAGGCCCGGAUGAGAGAGAAAUUGUGGGUUGAGGAGUUGGAGAGAAGAGAUGCAGAGAUUAAAGAUAGGCAGAGAAGAGCAGAGUUGGCAAGACAGUAUAAAAGAGACCAGGCCGAUAACUGA